AUAGGUUGCUAGACGUACUGAAAUAUGUUACUUAUAUUUAUUAUUUUAUUAAUUCAGUUAAAUUUCGAAGCCUGUACGAGUGCUUCGAUUAUACCAACAAAAAACUUCGAUGAGAUUCUAAAAUUACAUAAGGGAAACGAUGCAAUUGAAAAUUCAAACGAACAAAUAAAUACUACACUUCUCUUAGAUUGCGUUAAAAAUAAUUUAUUAGCAGGAAACGCUGUUGCUGAAGUAUUUCCGAGAAAAAACGAAAAAUUGAAGAAUUUGAACCAACUAAGUACAGUGCUCAUAAAUUUAAUCAUCUCGCCUUUACGAAGUGGUUUAAACGUUUUCGUGAAUAAUUUAGUGAUUACAUUGAGUUCCCUUUCACAACCAUCAUCUGCUGGUGAUCCCGUACAAAAUAUUGUUUUUCAAACUAUCAAUGUAGCUAUAAACAUCGCUGUAUACGUUAUUACUGCCCUACAGAACUACUUAAAUUCGGUAUUAGAUAGUUUGACGAGUAUUGCAAAUACUUUGUAAAUAAUAGAUAUAUUUGUUGCC